AUGCGGACCCACGACGACGCACUGAGGCAAUGCGCGGCAGACAUGCAGACGCCGACAAAGGUGCUUAGCUCCGUGUCCUUGGUCCUCGGCAUUGCAGCAACCUUCUUCCGCAUGUGGAAGUACCGCCAAAGCUCCAUUCCGACGACCUCUUCAAUCAUGACGCUCACAUGCGCGUUUGCGAGUGUCACAUCGCUUGCGAUGCUUCUGAACUCGUGGGGCAAUGAUUCAAGCGGUGGCGAUCCGUCGUCUUACUGCCGCGUGAAAGGCCUGCUCUUCCACGCGACUGCGACGUGCAUGCUGUGGCAAUGGGUGUUCCACGCUGCUGCUUUGCACAUGGUACUCGUCCGUAAGAUGUCGCAGGAGCACUUGUCCGAGCUCCUGUCGUCGUACGUGGUGGUGCUGGUCGUGCCAAGUCUGUUCGUGUCGGUCGCGUUGUCGAAGAACGACUUCGGGCUGGACGCCGCCAUGUCCUUUUGCUGGAUUCCCCACGGCAUGCAUCGACUCGCGUACUUCUACUCGCAACUCGUCGUCGGCAUCCUCAUCUUCGUGUUGGUCAUGCCAUCCGUACUCGUCCGGAUCAUCAUCCAGGUCGAGGCCCGUCCUUUGCUCAUGGACGCGGCGGGGGUGCUGUACCUGGGUCUGUCCUUUCUCGUGCUGUCGUGGGGUGCGCUCAACGCCGUCAGUCCCAUCCGCACCACCGUCUACUCUUCGUGUGCACUCCACCACCUCCUCUGGUCCUCCUCUGGCACCGUCGUGUCCCUCCUGGCCCUGCUUCCGUCGCUCCUCCAUGACAACAGCUCCAUUCUCACAAAGGUAGAACGUCACGACGCUAUCCAUCCCCCACUACCAUCCUCGUCGUCCGCUCCUACUUCCAGAGUCCCCUCGUCCACCACGACGCCGCAUGUCUAUCUUGUGUCUUCAGGAGGGAUUCCAUUGCAUAAGUCGUCACCUACCAUCAUCAAGCUGGUAUCUUCGUCGUCAGGUCGUGCCCCAUCAUCCCGAUUCCCAGACAUCCACCAUCACCAUUAUACCACCGCCGCCGCCGCCCUGCCGCCGUCAUCGUUUCCUUCUAGACUUCCUUCGCAUCCUUAUCAUCAUGACUUGUGCCAGUCGGCGUGCAAUUCUGUAUGCGGCACGGCGCUAAGCGUCCCGCCCGAUACAUUGGCGCGGCGCGACCACGCGGCCGCCAUGGACGCGUACACGCACAUGCUGCUGGGGUACGUUCGGGAGCAGCUGCAGGACGAAGGGUAUGACGUUAGCUCCCGGCACAUGAGCACGUUUCUAUCGACAUUGGAGCGCUCCAUCCUCCCGACGUCCACGGAUAUACAUCAUCAUCAGUCUAUGGUCGUCACGGAUUCAAAGGUCAAGCUCAACCAAAUGCUGGAAGAGUACCGCCGAGAUAACCACGCGUCGUUUGUCCAUGGAGACGGGGAUGAGAAUGGGGAUGGGGAUCGGAAGAUGGGGAUCGACAUGGAUGUGGACCAGCGGCUGAAUCAAGCGAUGGAGCGACUGCAUCGAGAGCUGCCGUCGACGCGCGGCAUGGCGGCGGUAGAUGUGGAUGUGAAGGUGGCCAAGUCUGUCUUUGACCAGCAUGGAAGCAGCUCCCAUCAAGGAAGCAUGCCGCCGGUGUGCACGAAUGGGAGCUUUGCCGGCAGUGUCGACCUCGACAUGCUCCUCGCCGCGGCCAAGGCCAAAUAUGCCGCAACGAGCAGUCACCUGGAUGACGACGAGUAUGACGACGAGAGCGACGUCGAUGACGAAGAGGAGGACGAGGACGACUUGGACGCGCAAAUGGAAGCCGCGAGGGCGAGAUGGCGCGCCGCGGAAGAACGAGCACAGUAAAGCAGCGUUUUGAUUCCAUGCGAACAAGGCAAUAUGAGGAUGGGUGGGGGGUUGAUCCAAUGGAGAUGUGUCUCCAUCGGAAGCAACGGUGUAAUACAUGUUAAACCCAAUGAAGUCUACACACUCGUUUUCUUGUACGUCGUCGAUGGCGGUGGCAGCAGGCAAUUCCCCGCGGUCGCUUUUGGAACUCAUUCGUGUCCGCUUGAUAUGGGGACCAGUGUUGUUGUUCUCGGUGGAAUCGUUUCGUUCAGCUUCCAACUUGCUGAACAUGGCCGAUAUAUCGUCCACGUGGCGGCUGUCGGCAUCAUCGUCGCGACUGGACUUGGACGAACGAGAUCGCUUCCGAGAUUGUUGUUGCGACGAGUCUUGCGCCGCAUGAUGAUGGGGUUGCUCCAAAGCAGAGAAAAGGGAGCUGACGUCGUCCACAUUCGACGCAUCUUGGUCAAAGGACUCAUAUAUGAUGUUCAUCUUCAGGAAGUCCUGGCUCGACGGCAUUCUCCAUGCCGGCAAGGCCGAGUCGGCGGCAGUUGUCAUGAGAUCUGCCAAGGAACGAUGGAUUUCGACUG